CCGGCGCCAUGGAGGGGCUGGCGGGCUACGUGUACAAGGCGGCCAGCGAGGGCAAGGUGCUGACGCUGGCCGCGCUGCUGCUCAACCGCUCCGAGAGCGACGUGCGCUACCUGCUGGGCUACGUGAGCCAGCAGGCCGGCCAGCGCUCCACGCCGCUCAUCAUCGCCGCCCGCAACGGCCACGCCAAGGUGGUGCGCCUGCUGCUCGAGCACUACCGCGUGCACACGCAGCAGACGGGCACCGUGCGCUUCGACGGGUAUGUCAUCGACGGUGCCACCGCUCUCUGGUGUGCAGCAGGAGCCGGGCAUUUUGACGUCGUCAAGCUUCUUGUCAGCCAUGGAGCCAAUGUGAACCACACCACAGUCACUAACUCAACUCCCCUGCGAGCUGCGUGCUUCGAUGGCAGACUGGACAUUGUGAAGUACUUGGUGGAAAACAAUGCCAACAUCAGCAUUGCCAACAAGUACGAUAACACCUGCCUGAUGAUCGCAGCGUACAAGGGACACACUGAUGUGGUCAGAUACCUUUUAGAACAACGUGCUGAUCCCAAUGCGAAGGCACACUGUGGGGCGACAGCACUGCACUUCGCAGCUGAAGCUGGGCACAUAGACAUUGUGAAAGAGCUGAUAAAAUGGCGUGCUGCUAUAGUGGUGAAUGGUCAUGGGAUGACGCCAUUGAAGGUAGCUGCUGAAAGCUGUAAAGCAGAUGUUGUUGAACUAUUGCUCUCGCAUGCCGAUUGUGACAAAAGGAGCCGAAUUGAAGCUUUGGAACUCCUGGGUGCCUCUUUUGCAAACGAUCGUGAGAACUAUGACAUCAUGAAGACAUACCACUAUUUGUAUUUAGCUAUGUUGGAGAGGUUUCAAGAUGGUGAUAAUGUUCUGGAGAAAGAGGUUCUCCCUCCGAUCCAUGCCUAUGGGAAUAGAACUGAAUGUCGAAAUCCUCAGGAACUGGAAUCCAUUCGGCAAGACCGAGAUGCUCUUCAUAUGGAAGGCCUUAUAGUUCGGGAACGGAUUUUAGGUGCUGACAAUAUUGAUGUUUCCCAUCCUAUUAUUUACAGGGGAGCUGUUUAUGCAGAUAACAUGGAAUUCGAGCAGUGUAUUAAGCUCUGGCUUCAUGCCCUGCAUCUCAGGCAGAAAGGUAACAGGAACACCCAUAAGGAUCUUCUUCGUUUUGCUCAAGUUUUCUCCCAGAUGAUACAUUUGAAUGAAACUGUGAAGGCCCCAGACAUUGAAUGUGUUUUGAGAUGCAGCGUUCUGGAAAUAGAGCAGAGUAUGAACAGAGUCAGAAAUGUUCCGGAUGCUGAUGCUCACAGUGCUCUGGACAAUUACGAAUGUAAUCUCUACACCUUUCUGUAUUUAGUGUGCAUCUCCACCAAAACACAGUGCAGUGAAGAAGACCAGUGUAGAAUCAACAAGCAGAUCUACAACUUGAUCCACCUGGAUCCCAGGACGCGGGAAGGUUUCACCUUGCUGCAUUUAGCUGUCAACUCCAACACCCCAGUCGACGAUUUCCACACUAACGACGUCUGCAGCUUUCCCAAUGCGCUCGUCACGAAGCUCCUGCUGGACUGUGGUGCUGAGGUGAACGCUGUGGACAAUGAGGGGAACAGUGCCCUUCACAUCAUUGUCCAGUACAACAGGCCCAUCAGUGAUUUUUUGACCUUGCACUCUAUCAUCAUUAGCCUCGUAGAAGCUGGCGCUCACACUGACAUGACAAACAAACAGAACAAGACUCCGCUAGAUAAAAGUACGACUGGGGUGUCUGAAAUACUACUUAAAACUCAGAUGAAGAUGAGUCUCAAGUGCCUGGCUGCCCGAGCAGUUCGGGCCAAUGACAUUAACUACCAAGACCAGAUCCCCAGAACUCUGGAAGAAUUUGUUGGAUUUCAUUAAGUGACUGGAUCUGUAAAAUCGUUUAAUGUGGUGCUAAAAGUAAAGGACUUUAAUCACAGACCAUAGAA